AUGCAGGUGAGGCUGCUGCAACAGCACGCGGAGUCGCAGCGUGCCAGGCCGGACAGCCUGGACGGGGCCUCGACGGAUGCCAGGAGCCUGGCCUCCCAGCUGAAGCAGAAGCUGCCCGAAGCCGCCAGCACGGACGAGCUGGCCGUGGAGGUGGAAAUCACCUUCAGGGACAGCAGCACCAACGAAGUGACCAGCCUGAAGGGUCAGGCGGACAAGCUGCGGGACCAUCUGGACAAGCUGGAACAGGUGCUUGAGCAGAAGCAGCAGGAAGCGAGCAACCUAGAAGACCAGUGGGACCAGUUCAACACGAAGCUGGAGUCCUGCAAGCAGUUCAUCGAGAGUUGCUCGGAGAAGCUCAAGCGCCUGAGGCCACAGACGGGCAGCCCGGAGGCCGUGGCAGCCGUCGUCAAGGAGCUCGAGGAGUUGCAGCAGACGCUGACCAGGGAGCAGGGAGCCCAGGAAGCGACGCAGCAGCUGGGGCGCUCGCUGAUCGAGGCGGACGCGUCGUGCUUCCCCCGCGUCCAGGGCCCUCUCGGAUCCUUGGCCUCCGACUGGGAGUCCCUCUCCUCGGAGACCACCCGCACCCACCGUCUGCUCACCUGCACCCACACGCUGUGGCUCGACUGCCGCCGACUCGAGAGUGAGAUUGACAAGGUUCUGGACGGGGUCGAGGCUGCACUCCGGGAUGCAACAACUCCUCAGGACGGAGACUCCCUCACGGCCAUGGCUCAGAAGCUUGGGGUUCACCAGGAAGAGGUCCGUUCCCACCAACCCGUCCUGGACUCUUACCGGCGCAAGACGCAGGAGCUGGUGGAGAAGACGGAAGCGCUCGAGGGACUCUCCGUCGCUGGUGCCCAGCUGAAAAAGGACCUGGAGUCCCGAGAGAAGCGCUGGACCGAGACCACUGAGAAGCUGCAAACCCGUGUCCACCAGCUGGAUAAUGACCUGGCGCUCUGGCGACAGGUGGAGACGGCGCGGGAGGAGGUCGAGGCCUGGCUGGAGGACAUCUGCGAGGCCAUGCGUAACGCGCUGCAGCAUUUGUCGCAGGGCGACCAAGCUCGCGCCGUCCUCGAUCGGUACCAGACGGAGGUGGAGACACAGCAGAACCUCUUCCGUCAGUUUGUGGAGCAGCUGGAGACGCUGGGCAUGUCGGCCACCCUGGAGGCGGUGCAGAGCGAGACGCAGUCCCGCUUCGAGGAGGCCGGGGACCUGGUGGAGCAGCUGCGCACCCUGCUGGGCCACGUGGAACAGCAGGAGGAGGACGUGCGCUCAGAGAUGCAGCGCUUCUCUGACUGGCUGCGGCAGCAGAAGGACGCUCUCUCCCGCUGCGACAACACCGCCGGCUCGGACGACAUCCUGCUGCAGCGACUCGACGACUGCAGGAAACUGGAGGAAGCCCUGAACUCUAACGUGGGCCUGAUGGUGGUCGAGGACAAGCUCAGUCAGCUGACCAAGAGCCAGCCGGACCUGGAGGUACGCCAUCUGCAGAGGGAGCUCGAGAAACUCAAGACAAGGCUGGAAGCAACCAAGAGCCAAGCUGCGAGAGCUGCAGCAGCCCUGCUUUCAGUGCUGGAGCGCCACCAUCAGGGGGCACUGACGGAACUGCAGCACUGGCUGUCCACAGCCAACGACAAGCUGGCCUGGUGCAGCGGGGGCACCGACGGUUCUGCCAACGGCGACCGCUUUGGUCUGGAGGCGCGCCUGGUCACCCUGCAAGAGCUGGAGUCCACGCUGGAACAGGGAGAGAAGCGCAACGACCAGUACCGCAACGCGGCAUCCCUGUUGAGUCAGGCGUGUCCUCCAGAGCGCGUGGCUCCGCUCCAGGACGAGUGCAGCCGCAUGGCGUCGGAGUGGUGCGCGUUCACGUCUGCCCUGGCCCAGACCCGUGAGUCACUUCAACGCGGCCUGGGUCAAUGGCAGCACCUGGAAGGGCUCUUGGAGAGCCUCUCCGAUUGGCUGAGGGACGCGGAGUCGCGCGCCAAGAGCGAGGCCGCCCGACAAGUGGAUCUUCCACUGGUCUCAGAACAACUGGCUAACCUCAAGGCAUUGCUGAGGGAGGUGCAGAGCCACAAGGACGGCCUACAGCAACUGCAGACGACGGCGGCGAGCGUUACGGCCCAGGUUCCGGAGACGCAGGUUCCCGGCCAGGUGUCCCAGCUGUCGGCCCGGGUGCUCCAUCUGGACUCCGUGCUCCAGAGGCCCGAAAGAAGACCGUCAGACGUGUUUGAGAAGAAGUCGUCUUCCAUGUCGCAAUUGUGA